GCCUGACUGCCUGCGAUGAGAGGUACGCGAUAAGUGAGCGCAACACAAUCUGCUACAAUGAGACAUCUUUCCAUAAUGUGAAGCCUGCAGUAAUCAUUCUUGAAUUUCUCGCCUGUUGAAAGUUCACCAUCAUUCAGCCUCUCUCUAACCACUUGUCCUCUCCAAAUAUUAUCACCUGCGACUAUGGCAGGCCAAGCGAAGCCUGCGGCUCCGCGACGAUCGGUGCGCAGCCAGAACAAAAGUCAGACCAGACUGCAGUUCACCCCGUUAUCGUCGUCCUCACCUGCAAAAGCAAACUACAGCCAGGCAGUACAGGAUCGACUGGCCGGCGUGAGAUACCAUGGUGCAAAAGAAUCGACCACCAGGCGUGAUGGCGAUGUCGAGAGCCAAAUUCAAACACUUCCAACUCCCGAACCAUCCUCUCAGCUGGAAGUCACUCGGGAUGGUUUCCCACGAGAGCCCACCCACGUCUCACUUCCCUCGUCGCCGACUCCUGUUCGAUCAGUAGAUGCUCAGCAGGUAGACAGUUCUGAUGAAGAUGAUCUAAUACCUUCGACGAGGAAGAGAAGAAGAUCGUCGCCAUCUGUUGACACACCUACUUUGCCUUCAGGCAGACGUUCAUCACGGUUGCACCCAGGCGCAUCUUCACCAAUCCAUGAUUUUACGAAGGACUUGCCCAGCUCUCCUCCGACCCGACGAUCUGGAAGAUUGAGACGCAAAUCGCCGGGACCAUUUGCAGGAUCGCAGCGAUCUCGAUCUGGCCAGUCCGUUGUCUCUGCCGCAAUCCCAACUCCUACCCGUCGAAAGUCUUCCGUCUUCUCCAACCUCGGCUCAGCCGAAACCAGCGACGACGAUGAUCCAGUCAUGGUAUCAAAGCCAACCUCGCGACGUAGGAAAUCACGAGCAGACGCCAAAGAUCCUUUCGUUGUGAAUGACGACGAGAUCCAAUAUCAGACCGAGGAAGAGGUGCCCAGAUCCCACAAACGAAAAACACCCAGGAAAAAAGGAGACGAUUUUGUGGUGGACGACAAUGAUGUUGAAUAUAUCUCUUCAGACGAGGAGCAUCACAUUGCUGACAGAAGCGCCAAGUCACGUCGGUUAUCUGCGAAGCAAAAAUCGCCCCGACGUAAAACACGAGAGGAGCAGGCGGAGCUAGCGGAAGAUCUACAGGAUUUACAAGAUUCUGAUGAUGAAGAUAUUGCGAUCAAUUCUCGUACAAGAGGUGGGCCCGUCACGACGCAACGCGAUAAGGCCAGAGCACAUUUUGAGGUUUUGAGACGUCGACGGGCGGGCGAGAAGGUGGCCCGAGUCGUAGACUCCGAAGAGGAAGGGGAAGAGGCAGAACCAGAAGGAGUCGAUAUCGAUCUGAUUGGACAACCUGCUUAUGACAUCUCAGAUCGAGAUUCGAUGCAUUCAUCGAUCGACACAGAUCAGGAAUCCGUACAAGAACAGGUCGAGGAUGAGGACGAUUUUGUGGAGCAGGACUCUACAGGACGCCUCGGUCGACCACAUACUGAUAUCCCCCUUCAAUUCACAUCAUUUGCCUCAGCAAAGCCGCGUGAACUAUUUCCUCAUAUCAUUGAGUGGCUCGUCAAGAACAAGAUCGCGCCAGCAUUUUCCCGCGACGAUGAAUUGUACCGUCUGGCCUUUUCGAGGGUCGACGACCAGGUCAAGGCCCAAGCUGGCAGUAGACUCAUAUCUUCUGCUUGGGGGGCCGAUUUCAAGAGAACAAUUAUGGCGAGACCUACAAUGAAGGUGGUCGCUCUGCCAGGCGAGGACGAAGACAACAUUCGGACUUGCGAUGCGUGCAAUCGGACGAAUCAUCCUGCUAGGUAUGAAUUCGUCUUCUCCGGCGAACCGUACCACCAGAAGACAUUGGAGCCCGUGGACAACUGGGACGAGGACGACGAAGCUGAUCACGAUGAUGGCGCUACCUAUGACGAGCACGGCCAUCUGCUCCCGCCUGAGAAUCGACGCUUCUACCUAGGACGAUUCUGUGCUGCCAAUGCGGAAAUGGGCCACAAAUUGACGCAUUGGAAGUACCAUCUGAACGAGUCGCUCAUGGCCUAUCUCGAGGAGCAAGGGGUUCUAUCUGCCGAGGCCAUCAUCGCCCGCGACAAGAUGAACCACAAGAAACGCGAGAAACAAGCCGAGAAUGUCGUCGACGAGAUGCAAGAAACUGGUGUGAUUGCGGAGCUGUGGGCCAAUUUCGAAAACGAUCUCAACGAUGCAAGACUGGGGAUGGAAGAUUACGAGAAGAAGGGUGGCCGUUCUAAAGGACGAAUUGGCGCUAUCAGGUCCACUGCCAACGGGCUGGUGAGAGAAUGGUCCGGCGGCAGGUAUCGGAUCACGAGAGCACCGGAUUCCGAUUCAGGAGGAGAGUAACGCUGAGAGAAUAUCCUCCAGAAGAGGUACUCAGCAGACAACGAUUUUCGGGACAAUUUACUCAACCUCUUUGAGAAACAGGCGACUGUGGAAAGCCGGACAUGACACCCUAUCUCACCAGGUGGGAGUCCGGCUUUGUUUACAGCGACAAGAUGAGCUGUUCCUUUGUAUACCCCCAUAGUAUCCUAUUUUGGCCAUGCGAGUCUGAAUCAGCUGCAUCAUGAUGUUUGUGAACGUUUAUUCUUUGUUCCUUGAAUUUACAGUUAUCGAAUAAGAGACGAGAUCAUAC